GGUGGUGUAACUAUUUGGAAACUUCAACAAUUACUUGCAAGUGAUCUUUUCCCAGCAUAUCAUGAACCUCAUCCUGAUAUGGUUCGAUCUCUUACAGCUGUCUCAUCUCCAUUCAAAGGUUAUAAUAAUAUCAAUAUUUAUCAUCUUCAGCUUAAUCAAUUAACAUUGUCUAAUAUGAAUCUAGAAAAAGAAGCGCCGAAUUGGUACGAGAAUGAUGGUUUAUGUCCAACAAUUUCACAAAUGCAUCCCGGUGGAUUUGAAUGCAAUGAUGGAAUGUGUAAGCAUCAUAAAGGAUUUCCGAACCUUAUCGCAGAUAUUCGUGAACAUGAAAAUCACAAGCAAUCUAAUGAGAUAUUUAAGGACAUUGAGGAGAUCGAUGAUGAAAUAAUAGAAAAUAGUUUAAAAUAUGAACCAGGAAAAUGGGAUUGUGGUGAAUAA